UUUAAUUAAAAAAUAAAAUCUAACGUAUAUGAGUUAGACAGAAUAAUAAGAAUUAAAUUAUGAUAGCUAAUAUCUGGAUGUUUUCGGAUGCAUGCAUAACACAAGGAUCACAUUUUCAGGCAAAUUGAUUUGUUAGUAAUGCGGGAUAUUUAUUAACAAUGUAAUUUAUUCGAUUAAUGAAUAAAGUCAUCAAUACGUGUAUACAAAACAAUAAAGAUGAGAUAUAAUGCUUUUUUUAAUCCAAUAAACAUAUUGAAUAAUGCUUUGAGUUCUCAAUUGAUAUAGUAACAUUAAAUAAACCGAUAGGCAGUUAUUGAUUUUAUUGAAUAAGCAUCAGAGAGAUUGAAUCUAAGUGCAAAUACAUAAUUUUUAGCAAUAAUGUAUUUAGAUCAUUAUUUCAAUCAAUAAGGAAUAAAUGAAAAACAAAUAUUUUUAUAUGCAGCAACUGCUUUAAUGUUGGCAGCUAAAGCGUAAGAAAUAGAUGAAAAGAUUCCUUUUAUAAGUAAAUUAAAGAGAUAUUCUUCUAUGACAUCUCAUCCUGAAAUAAAUAACUAUACAACCCAAGAGUUUAGGAAUGCAGAGAAAUCUAUUAUAUAAUCGCUUGAUUGGAAACUACAAAGAGUCACUUUGUUAGAUCGAAUAGAAACUUUGCUAUCCUUUGGGGCUAUUGAUGAUGAUGAUAGUCUUGCUUAAUAGCAGCAGGUUUCCUAAUAAAAGGAAAACUAAAACUAAGAAUAAUAAUAAUAAUAGCAACAAUAAUAAAUUCAUAUUAAAUUAAGAGAUUUAAAUGAAACUCAAAUAUAUACUUAUGUUAAAGAAAUUGAAAAUAAAUAUAUAGAAGUUGCUUUCACUGUUCUAAGAGGUAUUCUUUUAAUAUUGAUUUUUUAGAUGAUUAAAUUUACUUCUCAAAUGAUUAAUCUAUAUUGGCUUUGUCAUGUGUAGCGUAUUUAAGAAAAAAGGCUGGAUUAUUAAAUAUUUGGUCUUAGUAAUUAUAAACUUUAACUGGAGAGACUACUUAAAAAAUAUCAUCAACUGUUUCACAAAUAUUGACUCUAACUCCAAAAAAUAAAGUUUAAAGUAUUCCUAAACCUUUGAUCACUAUUUAGUCUAGUUCAUAUUUAUAAAAUUUCUAAAACCCUCCUUCUUAAACAAAGACUUCGUAAGCCAAAAAUAGACAACAUUUAUUUGAGUCUAACAAACAAUCAACUGGAGAUAUUUUAUAAUCAUAUAAUACUACUACAAAAGCCUAAGUGAAAGUACCUCUAUUUUAAUCUCAAUCUACCAUGUAAUUAUCAAAGAAUGAUAUAAUCAAACCACAUCAAUAAAGUUAAAGCAAAUUUACAAGUAGAAAUGCUAAUUUUCCAACUAAUACUACUACAACUAAUUAUUCUUAUUUAACUGAUAAUAUUAUGCAUCCCAAUUCCUAUAUAAAACAUGUUGAAUUAGAUAAAAAAUAUGAAUAAGUUCAUAAGGUUAGCGAAGCUAAAUUUAGAACCAAAAUAUUCAACCAAUGA